GGCGGGGGUCAAGCAUGAGCCUGAUGCUGGAGACGCUGCUGGGCCCCCCGGGGGGGCUCCGCAAGGACCCGGGCCGGCUUCCCCCGCGCUCCGCCGCUUCCUCCAGCGGCUUCUACUCGUGGCCGGGCCCGGUAGUGGGUCGGGCUCGGGGGGCGACGGUAGUUGGAGGCGGCAGUGGAGCCGCUUCCUCCACCGAGAGCCUGGACUCGCUGAAUGGCGAACCGCGGGCGCGGAAUGAGAAGGAGCUGCUCCAGGUGCUGAACGAUCGGUUCGCCGGUUACAUCGAACGGGUGCGGGCUCUGGAGCAGCAGAACCGGGCGCUGGCGGCGGAGGCGGCGGCACUGCGGCAGCAGCAGGCUGGCCGCUCGGCCAUGGGCGAGCUGUAUGCCCGGGAGCUGCGCGACAUGCGGGGCACGGUGCUGCGACUGGCAGCGGAGAAGGGGCAGCUGCGGCUGGAGCGGGCCCGCCUGGCUGAGGACGUGGCCGCCCUCCGGGGGAGGCUGGAGGAAGAGGCCCGGCAGCGAGCAGAGCUAGAAGCGACUGCCCGCGGGCUGGCCCAGAGCUCCGCGCAGGCGGAACGGGCUCGGGGCCCGCUGGAGGAGCGAGCCCGGGCCCUGCGGGAAGAAGCGGAGCUGCUGCGGCGGCAGCACCGGGCGGAGGUAGGAGCGUUGUUGCGGGGAGCCCGACCCGAACUCCCCGCCGAGCCUCCCUCCGCUCUCCGCCCCGGGGUCACCGCCGCUCUCCGUGACCUGCGGGCUCAGCUGGAGGGGACGGCGGCUCGCAGCACCCUCCAGGCUGAGGAGUGGUUCCGUGUGAGGCUGGACAAGCUCUCAGAGGUGGCCAAGGUGAACACGGACGCCAUGCGCCUGGCCCAGGAGGAGAUCCUCGAGUACCGCCGCCAGCUCCAGGCCAAGACCACCGAGCUCGAGGCCCUCAAAGGGACCCAGGAGUCGCUGGAGAGACAGAGACAGGACUCAGAGGAGCGUCACCAGGCAGAUGUCCUGUCCUACCAGGAGACCAUCCAGCAGCUUGACAGUGAGCUGAGGAACACCAAGUGGGAGAUGGCAGCUCAGCUCCGGGAGUACCAGGAUCUGCUCAAUGUCAAAAUGGCCUUGGACAUUGAAAUUGCUGCCUACAGAAAGCUCCUGGAAGGGGAGGAAUACCGGAUGGAGGCUGGCAUUGGGAUGCUCUCCUUCCCUGAGGUGGUCCCCAAGGCUCCCAGCAUCACCACCAACAUCAAGGUGAAGAGUGAGGAGCUGAUCAAGGUGGUGGAGAAAUCAGAGAAGGAGACAGUGAUUGUGGAGGAGCAGACAGAGGAAAUCCAGGUGACUGAGGAGGUCACAGAGGAGGAGGAGGCUGAGAAAGAGGCUGAAGAGGAGAAAGCUGAGGAGAAAGAGGAGGAGGAGGAAGAAGAGGAGAAAGCUGAAGCAGAGGGUGAAGAAGAAGCCAAAUCUCCUGCAAAAGAGGAGGCUAAGUCCCCAGAGAAACCUGAAUCCCCUUCUAAAGAGGAGCCCAAGCCUCCAGCAGUCAAGUCCCCUGAAAAGCCACCAACCCCCUCCAAGGAGGAGCCCAAGACCCCAGCAAUCAAGUCCCCAGAGAAACCCCCAACCCCCUCAAAGGAGGAGGCCAAGAGCCCAGCUGUGAAGUCUCCAGAGAAGCCCCCAACCCCCUCAAAGGAGGAGGCCAAGAGCCCAGCUGUGAAGUCUCCAGAGAAACCUGCACCCCCCUCAAAGGAGGAGGCCAAGACCCCAAUAGUGAAGUCCCCAGAGAAACCCCCAACCCCCUCAAAGGAGGAGGCCAAGAGCCCAGCUGUGAAGUCCCCAGAGAAGCCUGCACCUCCCUCAAAGGAGGAGGCCAAGAGCCCAGCUGUGAAGUCUCCAGAGAAGCCUGCACCCCCCUCAAAAGAGGAACCCAAACUUCCAUCUAUCAAAUCCCCUGAGAAGCCCCCAACCCCCUCUAAAGAGGAGGCCAAGAGCCCAGCUGUGAAGUCCCCUGAGAAGCCCCCAACCCCCUCUAAAGAGGAGGCCAAGAGCCCAGCUGUGAAGUCUCCAGAGAAACCUGCACCCCCCUCAAAGGAGGAGGCCAAGACCCCAAUAGUGAAGUCCCCAGAGAAACCUGCACCCCCCUCAAAGGAGGAGGCCAAGAGCCCAGCUGUGAAGUCCCCUGAGAAAGUCAAAUCUGUGAAGGAGGAGGCCAAGUCUCCCCAGCAGGAAGUGGCCCCAGCCAAGGAGCCCACCCCCUCCCCUCCAAAGGAGCCAAAAGCCCCUGCAAAGGAAGAGCCACCCAAGGAGGUGAAGGCUCCCUCCAAGCCUGAAGAGAGCAAGAAAGAGGAAGCUCCCAAGAAGGAUGUCCCAGCCAAGGUGGAGGAGAAGCCCAAGGAGGAAAAGGCAGCUGCUGUGCCCGAGCCUCCAGCCCCAGUCAAAGAGACCAAGUCCAGCCCCAAGGCGGCAGAAGAAAGCAAGGCUGAGAAGGUGCCAAAGCCUCAGCAGGAGGACAGCAAAGCAGCUGUGGAGAAGGCAGAGGAGCCCAAGAAGGAGAAGGCAGAGGAGCCCAAGAAGGAGAAGGCAGAGGAGCCCAAGAAGGAGAAGGCAGAGGAGCCCAAAGCUAAAGCCAAACCCAAAGAGGAGCCCAAAGCCAGUAAGGAGCCCCCCAAGGCCGAGGCUCCUUCCAAGGAGGCCAAAGCCCCGGAGCCGGUGCCCGCGGCAGGGAAGAAGUGAGGGGGAGCCAG